CGGAUGUGACGUCUAAUGUCGAUGUCAUAGCUCCUCAUUGGUGUCGUGGUUUAGCGCUGUUUAUUUAAUUUUGGUUGAUUUCUGAUUUCAGUAGCCAUGAGGCAACACCGUAUUAUGUUGUACUAAGUACGGAAAGUGAAAUACUGGUCAGUGCCCACACAUACAGUAAAUCCUAUUGGUGACUAAAAAGGUUCAACAUUGUCAUUCAAGCUUUGGGGCCCAGGGACCACAUCCAUACAAUAAAUAACUAAGAACACUAGUGAAUCGGUUACUUGAUUCUGACUUUAAUUGGCAAUUUUGAAACUCCGUCAAUCAGUAUGAAUAAAAAAACAGCCUGCUCGUUGUUCUGUGAAGUACUCCAAACCAAGACUAACGUUGAAUAGAUCGCAUGACAGAAUGACACCAAUCGCAGUCUUUCGCGAACCUCUAUUAUGGCUCAUUAUCUAAGAUCUAACAUAUGCCGACAAAGUAAAGCAUUGAAAUGGAAUAAAGCAUGCCUCGCUUUUUCAAAGGUCGACUUCCGUAACUGAUAGCCAGACUACGUCCAAAUAAUUAGCAUUCUUGUAUUGUAUUGCAAACAACACAAUAUCAUCUAUAACUAUCCGUAAUAAUGAAGAAGAAUAUUUUUUAAAAUGCGCUUAUCUCAAAACUACUUACUUCGACUUAAACUAGUGUGCCUUUGAGGUGCAGAGUUGGAUUACUGGUCGAUUGCAGAGCAAAGUUCGUAACCAAUACAUAUGGAAAACCCGGACAAAGCGAACACCCCGGGCGAAGCAAAUAUCCUAUUUCACAUUGAAACCACGUGUAGGCUAUCGCGAAAAAGUACAUACUGGGUAUUCAUCCAACGUAUUCUCUUUUAACAGUCAGCAAUCAGUUGUCUGAGAAUCCGCGUUAUAAUUUGACUACCAGAAAUUGAAUUUUUAUUUAAUUUUAAUUGUAUAUGGGUUGUACUUAUAAUUUCACAUUUAUACUCAAUAUCUGCAUGACCGGCUUUUUAAAGUAUUAAACCAAUUAUCUGGUUUGAAGUAUGCUGCUCGAAAUAGUUAUCAAUGGCUUAAAAUGUGUGUACGUGAUAUGACAAUUUGAAGUUAUAAUUCAUACCUAUAAAACAGCAUAACUCGCAGUAAUGAUCUCCAUAUGUAGGUAUAAUUAAUAAAAUAAGCAAUAAGUGAUGCCCCAUUAAGAUGAUUUUGAUAAAGAAAUCAGUUGAUGGUAAAGCAUAAAAAUGUGUCAAUUAUAUAAGUGGUAAGUGCAGCACUAAUCGAUAGAGGGUAAGUUCUACAAGCAACACAAUAUCACUCUAUUUUAUGUUUGUGAAUUACAAAACACACCCAGUUGAGAAUUUAUAGUACAAUAUAUAGGAAUAUAUUACAUAUUUCAUGAGUAAAUUCCCAUUUGUAAGGUAGUUUUCAGCAUAGUAUGAAAUAUAUAUCUAUAAUCUGAACAGUCGAGGGGAAGCGUAUGCAUAAUUGAUAACAGACGAACCCCUCGAGUAAGUCCUUACUGGAGUAAUAUGCUCUGUUUCUCUCCAGUGCAUGCCCAUAGAUACUAAUAAAACGAUACAGGAAUGAAGAUUCUGUUUUAUCAGCUCCUUUCGUCGAAAAACAAAGUUUGAGCAAUUUUCAUUCUUUUUCGUUUUGGUCCUUUUCUCUGCCGUCACUGUUGUGUAGGAGUUUCGACGAAAUCCGAGUAGAACUUCCCAAGUUAUAGGUGGUUAUAAUAUUUACAGACCGGCAGACAGACAGACCGACGGAAAAUAAUGACAUGCUUUUUCGUGAUGUAGAUGUGUCAUAUAACAUCCAAGAAACCUAAUAUAUCAUGUUCGAACUUUUUCGCGAAUAAAAUACUUCUCCACCAGUAGGCGCGGGAAGUAGAAGCGAAGCUACUACCAUAAAUAGCAGUAGGGUUUUUCAAUCAUCGUGUACCACCUGUUUUACACAUUUAUUUAUUGUGGAAAUGUAUCUACAUUAAAAUGUCAAAACAAUUGGAUGAUAGGUUAUUCUAUUUUAGAAAUACUGAGACAGAGUUAAAAAAUUCAUGAGUGCCAACUAUAAAUGGGUUUGCAUACUGCUUAGUCAACGUUUUGAGAAAUAAUGUUUGUUUCUCAAAUAUUUUGGACUACUCCCAAAACACAGUGUUAGAAAUGAUUCAUAUGUGGCGGUGAAGCAGCAAAUAUUGUUUAGUCUGACUCCGACUGUUCGACUGUGAUAUCAGGUAAAAAUCAAGAUGCUUACCUAUUUACGAAACCCCAUAACGGGGUACGAAUAUUCCUUCUGGCCCGAUGCGAAAUUUUUUUACCACUACAAAAUCUAUAGACCACUCAGUUUCCAUGUCGACUGGCCUAUUACGUCCAGGGAGUGGUACCCAGGGUACUGGCCCAGUUACAGGUCGUAUUGGCACUAUCUGAGGGAUACACCCAGUGAAGAUGCCUUCAGGCAACUUAGGAUUAAUUCAUGGAAUAGAUUUUACACGAAAUCCUACGACAGAUUCACCGUGAACCGUAGAGUGCAUAUGUCGUUUCAGUUUUGACAAGGUGAGAAAUGACCUGUACUGGCACGAUACGAGGGUUGCAUGAUGAGAUUACGUGCGUGAUAUUUUUCUUCCUUUUAAUUCAUAAGUGUACGUAAGUUGAAAGUAUAUAUGUAUAUUUUUGUAUAAAUAAACGCUAUAUUUGCUCUA